CUUCAGGACAGGAGUCAGGACACAACUAGACAGGCACUAGUGGGCACAGUUCACAGAGAAAAAGUGGGUGAUGUUUCGGCUAAGAUUUUCUUUAUGGAUAAACCGGAGAGGCGACUGAUGUGUCCGUAAAUGUUUGUAUUUCCAGGCUGAAAGGAAAGGUUUGAGGUGUCUAAAUACGACAAGCGUUUUGUGGAUCACUUUCUGAGAAGGAAUACAAAAAUGUCGUCUCCAAGUCCGGGCAAGAGGCGAAUGGAUACCGACGUUGUGAAACUCAUCGAGAGCAAGCACGAGGUCACCAUCCUUAGUGGACUCAACGAGUUUGUGGUCAAGUUUCAUGGACCACCUGGAACCCCUUAUGAGGGAGGAGUGUGGAAGGUUCGAGUGGACCUGCCAGACAAAUACCCCUUCAAAUCACCGUCAAUAGGAUUCAUGAAUAAAAUAUUUCAUCCCAACAUUGAUGAAGCGUCAGGAACUGUAUGUCUAGAUGUCAUCAACCAGACAUGGACAGCUCUCUACGACCUCACCAACAUCUUUGAGUCGUUCCUCCCCCAGCUGCUGGCCUACCCCAAUCCCAUCGACCCUCUGAACGGAGACGCAGCCGCCAUGUACCUCCACCGACCAGAGGACUACAAACACAAGAUUAAAGAGUACAUCCAGAAGUACGCCACAGAGGAGGCUCUAAAGGAGCAGGAGGAGGGAGCCGGCGACUCCUCCUCUGAGAGCUCCAUGUCAGACUUUUCGGAGGACGAGGCUCAGGAUAUGGAGUUGUAGUGAAGGGGGCGAUCCCGUCCCCUCCACCUCGCAACAGACUGUCAUUUCCUAAAGAGCCUAAACUCAAUACUAUAUUCAUAUUUAAACAAGACGAUUUUUUUACAACUACACAAGGAUUUUUAUUGCUACACGAGAUUCUGCAGUGUGAUAUUGCAGAACGUUAAGUAGGAGUUCAUCUGUAACUGACCCUCCCCACACACACCUUCCCUUCCUUCCCCCUGAGGGCCCAUCUAGAUUCCCAUGAUCUCUUGUGGCUGCUGGCCCCGCCAUGGCUUUCGCCUCUGCUUGACCUGUGCUACCCAGCCAGUUCAAACUGAGCAGCGUGAUCAAGACGGGGGGUUUGGGAAGACCAUUGUCAAACUAUUGUUACUGCAUCAAGACAGAGCAAAACUGUUUACACUCAAUUUCCUAGUUAGUCCCUCAGCCGCACAUCACCACCUCUUCUAUCUUCUAAUAAGUUUUUUUUGUGUGUGUCUUUAUUCAUUCUUGCUUCAUCAGGCACAGCUGCAGGGUGACAAUCCACCAUUUCUGGGUGGUCACAACCAUCAAAAGACUGGAUAUCCUUUUUUUUUUCAUUUCUUAAGUGUCGGCUUUUUUUUGUUGCUGUUGCCUUUUUCUCAUCAAGGCUUGGGAAGUUGCCAUUGCAAUCAUCAUUUCCAAGGAUCUCCAGGCCCGCAGUCGCAGUCACCUAUAUAUCGUGUACAGACUGGUAUGGCUGCAGAUGACCUCUCUGAUAGGACUGCUCUCUGUGAGGCCUCAGGGCCAGUAUGCAAACCUGCUGACCCGCCACACCUCAGUUGUCAUUACAACCGAUAUGUAAACUCUUUGAACCCUUGCAGAUGUACCGAUGCAUGUGUGUGAGUGUGUGUGUUUGCAUGUGUCUAUGCGUGAGUGUGCGAGUGAAGUACAGGGGAGAAUCGUGGCCUAUUGACAACCCAUGUUGUACUGACUCCUGACGUCCAGCAGAUGUCAGUAGAGGAGGCUCACAAAACCAGCCCUUCUCCUUUUUUCAGCACCCAUUCCUUCCAUCAUCUCCUCCUCCUCCUCCUCUCCGUUUUAGGAAAGUAUUUGUCAUUCUCUGAGUAUAUUUGUAUAUUGUGGCAUGACACAGAUAUAAAGUUGUGUAGGGCUUUGUGGAGCUAAUGCUGUAGACACGGGGAGGAGUGCAUACAUGCAGGGGCCUCUGGGAGCUCGGGCCAGGCUGUGUUGGUGUUUGUGAUGGAGGGCGUAGGAGGGCGGGGAGGGUGGGGGGGUAAUUAUCCAGGUCCUUGUUGAAUUGUUGAACUUCUUAACUUUGCCUAUUGCUUGUGUUAAACUAUAAUAGGUGUUUGACUUGCGUAGGGAUAGUUAGUUUUUGCGGGUGGUGAAUCCUAUCAUAAUGUAUGGUUUAUUACUUAUAUAACACGCUAGUUUGAAAACUAAUUGUCCUGUAAAGAUGAGGAGAAUUACACAUCUUUGUCUGUGGGAUGACUCUUUACUUUGUCAAAUCACAUCCUCCAAAGAGUUGUUGCACCCCUACUCUUUCUUAUAUGCAAAUGUUUCCAUCUUUACCAUCAUUGUGCAGGCGAGCUCUUUGACCUGGAGCGAUAUUUAUGUUGUCACGCAAAGUUGUGGGACCAAAAUCUGUUGGAUCUGCAAAAAUACUUUCAUGUCUAAAAGGAAAUUCACCCACACAGACUGGAUUUGGGGUCAAGGUGGCGUUCUUGGAGUUUACACCCAGUGAGCAGACCAAUGAUCAAUGUUUAGACCCUCGAGCGGCCACGUCAGUUUUGGUGCGGUGUUCUUUUAAAUGAUUCACACAGGAGCUGUUUAAAAGAUGAGACACAGAGAUUUCCGCAGUAUUUUGUAACUGUUUUACCUUGAAACAGUGUGUGUGCCUGUUAACAGCUGUGGCCUAUGACGGGGGUCUGAAAAAGAGCAGUGACAGUUUACCGGUAAAUUUCAUGACGCGACACUGACCUGUCUUAGUGUUGGCUCAAAGCCUGUUACAUGUCAUCAGUGUCACCGCAUCGCAGAUCAGUUUGUAUUAUGUGUUAUUUCUGUAAGGAAAGGAAAAAAAAGUAUUAUCCUUCUUUACUCUAUUACCAUCAAAUGAGGCUGUCUCCUCUUUGGAGAAAAAAUAUAGCUUAAUCAAAAGUGAUUCAAUCCCUUUAUUAUUUUUUAUUUAGAAAAAGAAGACAAGAUAUCACUAUCUCUUUAAUGAAAAUGACCAAACUAACGUCAAUUAAGUGUUGAAAGACUUAAUUUGAAAAUUAACAAAAAUGGCAAAAAUAGCAUGGCAUAUAGGUUGUUGGUAGGACAUUAAAAAUCUAGUCAAAGUUAAAAUGCCUAGUUGAUCUGGCUGUGAUCAGCCUUGGUAACCAAAUAAAUAUAACUGUAGUUAUAAGGAGAAAAUUUGCUUUGGUUAUUUUGUCACUUUCAAGACAAGCAAAACUGAGAACAACCAUGGUCCAGCCGUGUUGGCUGUCAUCUGGAUUCAUCAGUGUAUUAUGCAUUUUUAUUAUUAUUAUGAUAAUAAGACACGUAUAUUUGAUGCCUAUAGUUUGUUUGAAUGUUUUUAUUUUAUUUUGUUUUUUAACCCUUAUGUUCAAGAUACAAAGUCAAGAUAUCCCCACUUUUUAAAGGCAAAAAAUGAAUAAAUGUGCUUCCCUUGUAACUUGAAGAAAGAAAUAAACAAACAAAAAAAUACAUAAACAAUGUCUGACAAUGUUUGUGCACCAAAACAUUGCCACAAGCAUAAGGUUCCCUCAUUAAUGUCAUGUAAAGGUCAUAAAAUAUUUGUCAUUGAGAUUUGUUCAGCUGAAUGCCUGCUAUGAUCUGUGUAGGCCUAAUAAAACUUUUCAUUUA